AUGCAAGCGGUAAAGUCGAAACUCCCCUCGUGGGAUACCACCAAGACCCAGAGCAAAAAGGGCUUCGACAAAGCGUGGGCGCUGCUAGAUAAGCUUGGCGCGCCGGUCAAUCGGUGGACGAACAAGAUUGGCAGUGAGGCGUUUUGGCCGACCACAUUGGAUAAGGAGAGUUAUAAAGCGGCCAGAAUAUUACGAUCCUUUUGCAAGGAUGGCUUCUACACAGAUGACGAUCGGCCCACCGACCAGGCCGGUCCCAAAAAGGCACCCAAAGUCCUGAAAAAGAUUCCUCAAAAAGUUAUAGAAAAUGCCGUCGGCCUCGCGAUAUUCACAACCAUGCGUACCGGUCUCUGGAUCUCAGGCGCUGGAGGAUCCGGUGUCCUAGUCGCACGUCAAGAAGACGGAACGUGGUCGCCGCCAUCGGGAAUAAUGCUACACACUGCUGGUCUGGGAUUCCUCGUUGGAGUCGACAUAUACGACUGCGUGUUGGUCAUUAACAAUCGCAAAGCCCUCGAGGCCUUCACCAAGAUUCGAGCUACACUCGGCGGAGAGAUAUCCGCGGUUGCCGGUCCUGUCGGCGUAGGGGGUGUACUCGAAAACGACGGCAAGUGGAAGCAAGCCAAUAGACCCGUCUUUACGUAUCUCAAGUCUCGGGGCUUUUAUGCAGGCGUUCAGGUGGAUGGAACAGUUGUGAUUGAGCGGACCGACGAGAAUGCCCGGUUUUAUGGUGAAAAGAUUGGCGUGGCGGACAUUUUGGCAGGCAAGGCGCGACACCCGCCUCCUGAGAUCAGGGUGCUCAUGGAGACGUUGAAAGCUGCAGAAGGUAAAGCAGAUGUUGAUAGUGCGCUGAUGGAGGAGUUGGAUGCGCAAUUGGCGCCGGGAGAUCUUACAGUCGAAGCACCGGACGAGAGUAUCUUUGGUGUUCCCGAACCCGACGAUCCGGAUCCAUAUGGUGUGCAUGCCCUGGAGAAGGAAGGCCUGGAAGUGCUGGAGGCUGGAUCGAGACAACGGCCGUCGAGUAUGCAGUUCGAAUACCAUCCUAGUCCGUCUAGUCCAACGUACAACAAGUUCUAUCGAAGGAGUUUGGAUACAGCUCGAGGCGGCACACCGGUGAGUCCGCAUUCAGGGACAAAUUCACCCUGGAGACGGGCCAUGAAUACGUCACAUGCGUCGUCCGAUGCCGGGACACAAACGGACGAUGUGGUGAUUCUUCCUAGUGAGCAUGAUCAUCGUGAUGGCUUUGAGCGACAGGAUGUGCAGCAUAGGGACGAGCAUAUCGAGGGCGAGCAUUUCUACGACGUCAACGAAGGGGAGAGUGAUGUAUUUGUGAAUGGAGGGAAUCCGUGGAAGUCGAAUGAAAUGGAUCGCGAUUCUGGCGUUGCGAUAGACGAGACUGGGAAACUAGAGCUCCAGAAUAAGGAGGAGGGAGAAGGGGAAGGGAGUGAGGAAGUUGCGUCGAAAGGGGUUGGGGACGAGACACAAGUGGAUGGGAUGGUGAAAGCACGUCGUGAGCCGCCGCCGUUGCCGCCACGAAAACUGACGUAG